GCCUCACGAGAUUUUAACCGGCUCUUCCGGUCACCCCUCCUUUUAAAACCCUCACGAGCAGCCUCUUUUUCAUUUCAUUAUUACUCUCUUUCUAUCUCUUGCUUUUCAACUCCUUCACACUCUCACUCUUAUCUUCAAAUCCAUGGCACCAAUCAAGAUCGGAAUCAACGGAUUCGGAAGAAUCGGUCGAUUAGUUGCUAGAGUUGCUCUGCAAAGAGAUGAUGUUGAGCUUGUUGCUGUUAAUGAUCCAUUUAUCUCAACUGAUUACAUGACAUACAUGUUCAAGUACGACAGUGUUCACGGUGCAUGGAAGCAUCAUGAGCUUAAAGUCAAGGAUGAGAAGACUCUUCUUUUUGGCGAGAAGCCUGUUGCUGUCUUUGGUUGCAGGAACCCUGAGGAGAUCCCUUGGGCUAGCACUGGUGCAGAGUACAUUGUGGAGUCCACUGGUGUGUUCACCGACAAGGACAAGGCCGCUGCACAUUUGAAGGGAGGUGCAAAGAAGGUUAUCAUCUCUGCUCCUAGCAAGGAUGCUCCCAUGUUUGUUGUUGGUGUCAAUGAAAAGGAAUACAAAUCAGACCUUCACAUUGUUUCUAAUGCUAGUUGCACUACCAACUGCCUUGCACCUCUUGCAAAGGUGAUCAAUGAUAGAUUUGGCAUUGUUGAGGGGCUAAUGACAACUGUUCAUUCAAUUACAGCCACACAAAAAACUGUUGAUGGACCAUCUGCCAAGGACUGGAGAGGUGGAAGAGCUGCAUCAUUCAACAUCAUUCCUAGCAGCACUGGAGCUGCCAAGGCUGUUGGAAAGGUGCUUCCUCAGCUAAAUGGUAAAUUGACCGGCAUGUCCUUUAGAGUUCCAACUGUGGAUGUCUCUGUCGUUGAUCUUACUGUCAGGCUGGAAAAGAAGGCUACUUAUGAUCAAAUUAAAGCUGCUAUCAAGGAGGAGUCCGAGGGAAAGCUCAAGGGAAUCCUAGGUUACACCGAAGAUGAUGUGGUUUCCACAGACUUUGUGGGUGACAGCAGGUCGAGCAUCUUCGAUGCCAAGGCCGGAAUUGCUCUCAAUGAUAACUUUGUCAAGCUUGUUUCGUGGUACGACAACGAAUGGGGAUACAGCACCCGAGUGGUUGACUUGAUCGUCCACAUGGCAUCUGUUCAGUAAGUUCGAGAGAUCGUCUGAAGAAUGUUUAGGAUAGUUUAGGGAAACUAUCUUUUAAUAUUUUUAACUAGACGAAUAAUUCCCGGGUAAAUCUCGGUUGAAUGUAAUAAUUAAGACUUGAAUUCUUUGGUUUUACUGCCAUAUUUUGAAUUUUGGUGGUUGGCUUUUGUUUCAGUUUUGUUAUCAAUGCAAUGCAAUUGAUGUCUCUAA